AGCCUUCCAAGCUGGUCAGCCAAAAGUGUGGAAGUCAUGGGACGUCAUCAGUGAUCGAAUGGAAGAAGCAGGAGGUUCAGGGUUGCUUUGGUGAGGGCAGGAGAAGAGCUUGAAGGGAGAGGAGCUGCGGUGGAGCUUGUGGUGUGUCCUUAGAGCUGAGCAGCCAUGAGCUCUCUCGUGAAGUUCACCCCGCUAUGUGGCGCAAGGUCGGAAGAGCCCCUGUGCUACCUGUUAGAGAUUGACGAGGCGUGCAUCCUCCUUGAUUGCGGGUGGGACGAGAACUUCGACGUUGUAUCCCUGAGGAAGCUCAUCAAGAUUGCUCCGACUCUUGACGCUAUCUUGCUGACGCACUGCGACCUCGGGCAUCUCGGCGCUCUCCCCUACAUCAUCCGCAACUGCAACGUCAAGGCCAAGGUGUACGCGACGAUCCCGGUGCAGAAGAUGGGGCAGCUGACUAUGUACGACAUGGUGGAGUCGAGGAUGGCCAAGGAGGAUUUCAAGCAGUUUACCUUGGCAGACAUAGACAUGGCAUGGGACAACUUCGUUGUUCUUCGCUAUCAGCAAUCUUGCUCGCUGAGCGGGAAGGCCGAGGGGAUUACCAUUUCUCCUCUCAACGCUGGCCACAUGAUAGGAGGAGCUCUGUGGAAAAUAACCAAGGAGUCGGAGGAGAUCGUGUAUGCAGUUGACUACAAUCAUGCGCAGGAUCGUCACCUGGACGGUACUGUCCUCGUCGACUUGCCCCGCCCCAACAUUCUCAUCACCGACGCCUAUACCGCCCUCGACAAGAACACCCUGGGAGGGAAGAAGGCUCGAGAGCAGCGGCUGAUCGAGCACGUAAUGUCAGCUAUCAGACAGGAUGGGAACGUUUUGAUCCCCGUGGACAGCACUGGGAGGGUCCUUGAGCUCCUCAUCGUCCUCGACGAGCUAUGGCAGCAGAACCCACACCUUCGAGGCGUCACCCUGGCGUUCUUGAGCCCGGAGAGCCGCUCCAUCAUCGACAUGGCAAUGAGCCAGACCGAGUGGCUGAGCAAGCACGUGAACCAGCGCUUCAUCCAGAGCAGGCACAACGUCUUCCACCUCGAGAACGUUCACCGCUGCUGCUCCAGGGAGGAGCUGGGAAGGCUGCCCUACCCUCAGGUGGUCCUCGCGUCCGGCCUUGACCUGGAGACCAGCAGCUUCAGUCUGGACCUCUUUGCUGAGUGGGCUCCUGACUCCAAGAAUCUCGUCCUCCUCACGCAGAAAGCAAGGCCCGGGUCGCGUGCUCGUCAGUUCCAAGACCUUAUGGGCAGCGGGCUGCCUCUCCCUUCCAACCUGAUGCUGCAGAUGCACCGACGCGUCCCCCUGGAGGGAAGAGAGCUGAGGGAGCACGAGGAGCAGGAGAGGCUGAAGGCGUUGGAGGCUCGUCGGCAGCUGGAGGAGGAGGCGGAGGAGGCGGAGGAGGAGGAAGAGGAAGAGGAGGAGAAUGCUGGCGCAGUGGGCGAAGCGAAAGAAGGGGAGGAGGUAGGCAAGAAGGCAUCGACCCCGCGGGCAGGGAAGGGCGCAGACUGGAGCGGGUCAACUCCGAACAAGAGGCACAAGAAGGGAAGGGGAGGGGAGAGCAGGUUCCUUAUGUUCCCCCACCACGAGGAGAUCUACUCCUUCGACGAGUACGGGGAGGUGAUGGACACGUCCAUCUACCUUAAGGAGGAUCAGCAGGAAGAGGUACAAGGUUUCGUCGAGGAGACCAUCUCCUACAGCGGCAGCGCCACCUCAGAGUUGCGCCCUGUCGCUCACCAACUGCAUGCCGCCGCCGCCAUCCCGACCAAGUCGCUCACCUACACCAUCAGGACCCAGCUCAAUUGCGGUAUGGCCUUCCUGGACUACGGGGGCCGGUCGGACAGCAGCUCCGUCCACACAAUCCUGGAGCACUUAAAGCCGGCCAAGGUGAUUGUGAUCCAUGGGAGCGAGAAGGCCACGGAGGAGCUGCAGAACUUCUGCAUCCGCAAGGUGACGGAGCCUGAGAACACGUUCGCUCCUCCUGUAGGAGAGGCGGUCAUGGCGUCCUCGGACACCAACAUCUACAAGAUCAAGCUCGACAAGGCCCUGGCCCAGGGCCUGCAGUUCGUUCGGGUGGGAGGAUACGACGUUGCGUACAUCGACGCCAGCAUCACCUGCCCCGACGAGAACUCAGUCGACAACUCGUCGACCCUGCCCGUCGGUCAGAACAAGGACAAGCAGAUGCCAACGCUCGUGCCGAGGCAACAGGAGGACGGGGGAGGAAGAAAACCAUUUGCCUUCAUCGGAGACGUCAAGCUCAGUGACCUCAAGGUUCUGCUUGAGAAGCAAAAAUACAAGACGGAGCUAAAAGCCGGAAUGCUCGUCGUAAACGGGUCCAUCAUCAUCCGCAAAUCGGGCUCCAGGAUGAUCUUUGAAGGAACUAUCUGCACGGAGUAUGCGGCUGUCAGAAGUCUCUUGAUGUCGCAGUAUCACACGUUAUAAUGCUGCUUGCUGACGUUGUGAUAAAGAUCUGACAACCU